CCACUCUUUUCCCUCAACAAUUUAACCAUUCUUCUCGAUUUCUCCUCUUCAAAUUGAAUCAAAUUCCUCGCCGGAAUCCUCCCCCAUUAUCAUGAGCUACUACGACCACCAACAGCCGCCGGUUGGGGCUCCGCCGCCACAAGGCUUCCCUCCCAAGGACGCUUACCCUCCCCCUGGGUACCCCGUUCAGGGCUACCCUACGGCUCAAGGGUACCCCCCUCCUCCGCCGCCCCCGGUGUAUGCCCCACAGUACGCUCCGACUACUCAGCAGCCUCCUCCCAAGGACAAAACUGGUUGCCUUGAAGGAUGUUUAGCAGCACUUUGCUGUUGCUGUCUCUUGGAUGCUUGCUUCUGAUAAAGAUGGAUGGAUGGAUGAUCUUAAGCACUCAACUUAUUAUUCUAAUUUCAUUGCAUUGUAGUAUCACCAUCAUCUAAUCUUCCUUUAAUGAAAAAUCUUUUUAUCACAAUCA